UCAGAGUCACUCGAUUCAAGAAACGAGAGAAAAAUUCUACGAUUCUUCAAUGUUUUGUGCUCUCAUCUUGAUCAUGUCCUGGCGUAAUCCAAAAGUUGUACAUUUUGGACCGCAUAGGGAUGGGUAACGCAAGUUUGGGCCAAUUUGAUUCAGAGUUCUUUGUUGGCUUUGGCUCAGCUGAUCAUUUGAAUGAAUGUUCUAGCAUUUUGGGAUUAACGAUUACAUUAGCUUGUAAUUUCUCAUUCAAAUGCUUUUAAGAGGUCAUGCAUCUCCACCAUACGUUAAAGUUCUUGAUAUGUUACACUAGCAAAUAGUUUAGGUAUAAUAUGGCACAUGCAUAUAGUUUUGGUAUCGAUUAGAUUUAGACUAUAUGAUCCUAGUAACGAUCUCCGCCUUUUUGAACUAAUCCUCUUCCCCUGUGUCUUCGGUUGUUGUUUUAUCUACGAGAAUCACAAACAGGAAAAGGAAAGUCUUUUUUUUUUGGUUUUUUGUUUUCAUCUCCUAGGUUUUCCUUUUUUCCCCCUAUUUAAUUUGGUUUCUUCAAUCUCGUAAUCGAAUCGUAAUAUAUAUCGAGAGGAGAGGCCGAAGAAAUCUGUAAUCUCAAGACAGAACGAGGACAAGAAGUAAGUUGCUUUGACCUAAUUUGUUCAGACAAGAAAGAAGAAGAAGAUGUGGGAUCUUCCAAGGGAUAUGGAGGAAGAGGUGUUGUGUCGAGUUCCGUUGACAUCUGUGGGACUUGUCCGAUCUACUUGCAAAAGGUGGAACAUGUUGUCCAGAUGUGAUGAUCACUUAUUUGCAAAAAAGCACCUUGCUCACCUAGCAGCAGAAGCAGCAAAGAAGAAGGACCACCCUCUUGUGGUUAUGAUGAUGGAUUAUAGGGUUCAGUUGAUGAGAUUGAAUCUUUCCAACAACAAGGACGAAGUUGUUGUUGUAAAUCCUGAAGCUAAACUUAUUGGCCUAGAUCAAAUCGACGUGCGUGAAAUCUUUCAUUGCGACGGUUUAUUGUUAUGCAUUCCCAAAGAAGACCACUAUAGGCUAAUUGUCUGGAAUCCCUAUUGGGGGCGGGGGCAACUCAGGUGGAUCGAGCAUACACAUAAUCACCACUUACUGGACAAGCAUCUCUCUGGUUGUUUGGACAUGUACACGUAUGGUUUUGGAUACGACAACAGUAGUUCCCAGUACAAAAUCCUGAGAUUUAUGAAUUAUCCCCAUGUCGUUGAGUUCAAAAUCUACGACUUCAACUCUGAUUCAUGGAGGAUUCUUGAUCUCUUUCCUCCAGACAACGACUGGCGAAUAAAAUUCGAUCAACUCUGCCUAUCUUUGAAGGGAAACACCUACUGGUUUGCAGCAGAAGCUAUGAAUUACGAUGCCAUUAGUUUCUUAGUCUGUUUUGAUUUCACAACAGAGACAUUCUCCCCGCCUUUGCCUCUCCCCUUUGAGGCUUUUCCUCAAGAUACUUUGAGUCUAUCAUCAUCAUCUACUAGUCUUGUGGUUUUAUUCCAGUCCGCGGAUACAUGGGAGAUGGAGAUAUGGAUUUCCAAUACGAUUGAGCAGCCCAAUGCCCUGUCCUGGAACAGCAAGGUUUUCUUAUCGGCGAAUAUCGAACAACGCAUUUACCCCCAUUGUUUCUUCAUUGACCAGGAGAAAAAAGUCGUUGUGAUUUUUGAUAAAAACGCCCCUAAUGGUACCUCCAGUCGUGAAAUAGCUUACAUAUUUGUUGGAGGAGGAGUGGAUGAUGAUGGAUCAUUCUUGAAACAACAAGUUGUUAAAGAAUCUGCAUACCCAUUCUGUUGUUCACAUGGUUGCUAUUAUGUUCCAAGCUUAGUGCAACUCAACUAGUAGUCCACCUAUUAUUAUUAUCUCUGUUUGUUUCCGAAGAUUGACUAUUAAGUUUCUUUUUUUUUUCCGUCCUUUUUGUCCAAUGUUUUGAUCAUUCUAAGGAAUAAUAUCAGAGUUUGUGGUGAUAGCAGUGAGUUCUUGCCGUUUGGUAUAUGAUCUCUGCUUACUAGGGAGGGGGAGCCGCCUCGUGCUGUUCCUCUCAUGAAUCACAUAUCAUUGUUUUUAACUAAGCAUCUCAAUAAACAUAUCUAAGUAAAGCAAUAACGCGUAUUCAAAACCCACAAAAGUUAUUUAAACAACUCAAAACAUAACUAAUUCUUGUUGUUGAUUCAUGACACGAAAAAGAGAGUCUAAGCUAUGGUUGCUUCAGUGUUUUACGCAUUUCGAUCUUAAAAGUUGCACGUUUUGGACCCCAUAGCGAUGGCUAAUGCAAGUUCGGGCCAGUCUUUGUUGUAUUGGCUCAGCUGAUCAUUUAAAUGAAUGUCCUAGCAUUUUGUGAUUAAUGGUAACAUCGGUUUGUAAUUUCCCAUUCAAAUGCUUUUUACAUCUCCAAACGUAUAGUUCUUGGUAUGUUACACUAAAUGUAAUCGAGCCCAAACCAAAACAGAAAAACUAAAACAGAGAAACAACUUUUAUUUCACUUUUUUUUUUUGAACAACUUUAUUUAAGCUUAGAACGCACGUCAU